CCACAUCCUGAAACAGCUCAUUGUCACUAUAGUGUGGGUCAGAAACGAGUGUGCUAGGUAGCUAACAUACCGACAGAAAGCUAAAAACACAACACUUUUAUAUUUGUUGGUUGUCCAGUUUCCUGUGCUGAACAAACCGCCAGGAUAUCCAGCUCGCACCACAGCCGCUAACUGUACCAUGGUCGGUGUUAAAGUUAUCGCGAGCGACCCGGACUUCCAGCCGGAGCUGGCGGCCGCCGGCUCUAGGCUCGCCGUGGUGAAGUUCACAAUGGCUGGGUGUCAGCCCUGUAUCAGAAUAGCUCCAGCAUUCAACAUGUUGAGUAGCAAGUACCCACAUGUCGUCUUCCUUGAAGUAGACGUUCACGUCUGUCAGGCAACGGCUGCAGCCAACAACAUCUCAGCCACACCGACGUUCUUGUUCUUUAGGAACCGGGUUCGGGUGGAUCAGUAUCAGGGGGCAGACGCUGCAGGUCUGGAGGAGAAGAUCAAACAGCACACAGAGAACGACCCAGGAAACAGCGAGGACUCUGACAUUCCAAAGGGAUACAUGGACCUCAUGCCUUUUGUCAACAAAGCCGGCUGUGAGUGCCUCAACGAGAGCGACGACUGUGGCUUCGACAACUGCUUAAUCAAAGACUCCUCCUAUCUGGAGUCUGACUGUGAUGAACAGUUGCUGAUAACUAUCGCAUUCAACCAGCCCGUGAAGCUCUUCUCUAUGAAGAUACAGUCCUCAGAAUUUGCCCAAGCCCCUAAGGCGGUGAAGGUGUUCAUCAAUCUCCCUCGGUCAAUGGGUUUUGACGACGCUGAGCGGAGUGAAGCCACUCAGGCUAUGGACCUGUCGGAGGAGGACUACAAAGACGACGGUUUGAUUCCUCUGCGCUACGUAAAGUUUCAGAACGUACAAAGUGUUACGUUGUUUGUCAAGUCGAACCAAGGAGAUGAGGAGACAACAAAAAUCAACUACCUGACGUUUAUAGGCACUCCAGUACAGGCCACCAACAUGAACGACUUCAAAAGGGUUGUGGGAAAGAAAGGAGAGAGUCACUGAGCAGUAGAAGCAAGGGGAGGAUGGGAAGAAGAGGAAGUGGAGGCUGCACAUACAUCCAAGGACUUUCCCCUCUGCCAAAGCUGCCACACACUCUGUUGUCGCAUACACACAUACAGACACACACAGCCUCCAGCUGACCUCCUCGAGCUCUGAAUGAAUUCUCCAUCUGUGGAGAGUCGGUCUAUAAAUUGUUUGUAUUGUAAUUCUAAUGAAAACCGCUGUAAAUAAAACACAAUCCUUUUUCAAAGGCA